AAUUUGAAAAUGUUUAAUUUCUUAUAAUAGCAAAAAAACAAAAUGGCAUUAAUUUCGAGUUCAGUGGGUGGGGGUUACAAGACAAUAAAUAAAAAAUCUAAAGUUGAUAGAUGAUCUCCUUUAUGGAAUUAUACUACAAUGAAUCAACAACUUCCAGGAGGUGGGGGAUUUGAUUGGGAUUGUAAGUUUUGUAAAACCAAUUAUAGGUGCUCGUAUUAUCGAGUGAAAUGUCAGUUUUUUGGCCCUGCUGGGAAAGGGAUUAAAAUGUGUGAAGGGCCAAGUGGGAUGGGUUGCCCGCAACACAAAUAGCAGCAUUCAUUAAAGAACAAGAAGAUGCUGAUCAAGCUAUAGCAAGAGAAAAACUUAGAGCUAAUCCAUUUGCAAGCAAAACACCAAUGACUUUACCUGAUGAUCGUAGAAUACUAGAAAAGGCCACCAAUCACCCUUUCUUGAAUAUACCCGCUAUGCAAGAUGAAGUUGAAGUAGAUGAUUCCCAUUCCCGCAAAAGAGACCCAUUGGAGAAAGCAUUCAAAAUGGAAUCAAGAGUUGUAGAACAAAAAAUUGCAUGUUGCCUCUAUGCCAAUGGUCUUCCUUUCAACUUGGUAAGAUCACCAUAUUGGCGGGAGAUGGUGAUAGCAAUCAAUAAUGCACCUACUAGUUUCACAAGUCCUGGGUGUGAAAAGGUGCGCACCACCUUAUUGGCAGAAGAGAAGAAUUUUGUAGAGCAAUCAUUGAAACCGAUUAGAUAUUCUUGGGUUGAAUCGGGUGUUUCUAUUGUUUUUGAUGGAUGGAAGGAUGCCAAAAACCGUCCAUUGAUAAAUGUUAUUGCAGUGUCCCCCAAAGGGGCAAUGUUUUUGAGGGUAGUUGAUUGUGACGGGCAGCUCAAAGAUGCAGAAUACAUUUCCAGAAUCCUCUUUGAUUCCAUAGAUAUGGUAGGACAUGAAAAUGUUGUCCAAGUCAUCACAGACAAUGCAAAGGUUUGUAGGGCUGCAGGUGCUUUGGUUGAACAAAGGUAUUCACACAUUUUUUGGACACCAUGCACCGUACACUCCCUCAACUUGGUCAUGCAAGCAAUUGUCACUCAAAUAGAUUGGGUGAAGGAUAUCUACCAAGAGGGUGAGGAGAUCCAAAUGUUUGUGACAAACCACCAUAUGUCACAAGCCAUUUUCAGGAGCUUCUCGAGGUUGGAAUUGCUGAAGGUAAAUUUAAUUUAUGAUUUAUCUAUUUAAAUUUAUUUAUGCCAUGUUUAAUUUUAUUUUGUAUUUUUUAAAAUGUGUUAUUGACAUAAUUUUUACAUGAACCUAGGUUGCUGAGACCCAAUUUGCAUCACAUACAAUAAUGUUGAGAUGCCUUUUGAAGGUGAAAGAGGCAUUGAGUGCCAUGGUCAUUAGUAACCAAUGGAGUAUUUGGAAGCAAUCAAAUUCAGAGAGGACCAAUAAGGUUAGGGAUUUGAUCUUGAAUCUCAAUUGGUGGGAUAAUGUGGAAUAUGUAUUGAAUUUCAUCGAGCCUAUCAUGAGUAUGCUCAGGUAUACUAAUAUAGAUGCAACAUGUUUGGGGGAAGUCUAUGAUGGCAUGGACACCAUGGUUGAAAAAAUCAAAGUCAUAAUAGCACAAAGAGAGAAGGACCCCCAAGAAUUUUUUUUCAAAAGGGUGGAACAAAUCAUUCAUCAUCGGUGGAACAAGAUGACCACGCCAUUGCAUCUCCUUGCACAUGCUUUAAAUCCCAUGUACUAUAGCAGUGAAGUACUUUCUUUGCCAGGGAGAACUAAACCAUAUAGAGAUCCUGAAGUUGCUGCUGGGUACAAGCGGUCAUUUGCUAGACUCUACAGUGAUCCUGAAGUGGUGGACGGUGUUAGGAAAGAGUUUGGUUUGUUUAUAUCAGGAAGAAGUCAUAGUCCUUGUGCUAUUAAUGACCAAUCCAAAAUAGAUGGAGUUACAUGGUGGUACCUUCAUGGUCAAGAUUUUAUGUUCCUCCAACCUCUUGCAAUCAAGAUACUAUCACAAGGAAGGGGCAAUGAAGCUUUGGGAUGCAAACCCUGAGUGUACCAACUUGGAUGCAAUUGCUGAUGAUCUGGUUAGAGUCACUUUAAAUGAUGAUGACGAGAUACCUACAGCUGAUGGAGCUAGUGGGAGUGGCACUUGUUUGGGUUCAAAUGAUUUUGAAUUUGAACUUGGAGCAAAUGAUGAUGAUCUUGAUCUAGAUCCUUUUGAUGAUUGAUGAACAUUGAACUUUGAAGAUAGAAGACAAUUAUUAUUUUUGAUUGUCAAUUUUGUAAUUGUAAUGAUUUUCAUUCGAAUCGUGAACUUGGACAUAUAUGAAUCUAUGAAACAUUGAUAUAUAUUAUAAGCCA